AUAGCUUACUUGCUGUAGACACCUAUCUAUCAUAUAGAGUUCAUACAUAAAUUAAGCUUAUUUCGUAGACACCUAUAGUGCUAGCUGAUACAGGCGCGAUUUUGUUUCAACAAAACGCUCGAGAGAAUCUUUUGCAGCAAUGUCAUCUAUCAAUGAGGAGCCUCCUGUGUCGGACCGUGAAGUGGGAGACGAGCGACCGCCGUGUAGGAACUCAUACUGUUUCAUCACCGCGGAAGACCACCUCAGAGAGUUUUACCAUAAGACUGUGCUGUUACGCCGCAAAUGCAGAGGCUAUAUGGAAUGCGACCACGUGAGUGCACAGUGGCACACGUGCAAGUUCCUCCACACACAGAAACCGCCCAAUGCCGACCUACUCACAGAACGAAUGUUAUUCACAUUCCCACAUCCAUUUGAGCCUGAACCAGAGUAUGAAUGUGGACUGCCGCCGUAUACAGUCAAGGAGCAGAUACUUCUGCAUCUCAUGCAG